AAAAUAAAAAAAAUGAAAAUAUAGAAAAUGAAGAAAAUGAGGAAAAUGAAGAAUUUCAAGAAGAUUUUAACAAUAUUAAAUUUCCUCCCGAGUUAGAGGCUUCAAUUUCUCAAAUACUUCAAACUAAUGAUCCAUUAGAUAGUAAUGAUUUUAAUCCAAUAGAAUAUCUUAAUCAAAUGCUUCCAAAUGAACAAGCAUUAGCGACUGUCGAUGUGACUGCCAAAAAGCUUCAAGCCAAAAUGCGACAAUUGAGUGAGGAUAUCAAGGAACUUUCUAGGUUGCAAACUGAUGGUGGACAACGAGGACCAGAAGAAGUCGCAGAGGCUAAGAGAGCGAUAGAGGAGCUUUUUGAUAGAAUAAGAAAAAUCAAAGAGAAAGCAUCACAAUCAGAAACCAUGGUGCAAGAAAUAACCAAAGAUAUUAAAUCAUUAGAUUAUGCUAAGAAACAUUUGACAGUUUCGAUUACUGCUUUGAAAAGAUUGCAAAUGCUUGUUACUGCCGUAGAUCAAUUGAAAGUAAUGGCACAGAUGAAACAAUAUAAAGAAACAUCACAACUUUUACAAGCUGUUCUACAACUUAGUUCAUAUUUUAAAAGUUAUAAAAGCAUUAAACGAAUAGCGGAAUUAUCAUCUUCGGUGAAUACAUUCCAGAAUGAUCUAAGGAAGCAGAUUUUUGAAGAUUUUGAGUCUAGUUUUGCUAUUGAUGGAGGUUUCAGUAGUCAGACGACACUUUUGGCCAACGCAUGUUUAGUAAUUGAUAUAAUGGGUUUAGAUGUCAGAGUCCUUAAAAAUUAUGAUGAAAAACAUGCAGCAAUAUUUCCUGUUAAUUGGCGAUUGAGCGAAUUCCUCAGUAUUCAAUUUUGUGAAAUCGUUAGGGAGGAUUUAGUAAAAAUACUUGUAAAGACUAACGAGUUGGAUGUAAAGACCUUACUCAAAAACUUACAACUGACAAUUGAGUUUGAAAAUCAACUGACAAACCGUUUUUCUAACAUGGUACAAGCAUUAAUAUUUUGUGAUAUACUAGUUGCAGCUAAGAAC